GAAAGUAAAAGUGAAAUGAGGUAACUGUGUGUAAAACUAAUCUGUAAAAGAAAAUUGAAAUAGGAAGUCUUGAAGAAACUUUAUAAAUAGAAUAAUAUUGGUGAUAGGUAGAGUUUUCAUUGAAGUGAACGUUAUAACAGACAAUUAGUGUAGAAAAUCUUAUAGUUAACAACAACAUAGUAAAAUACAAAUUAGUUCACUGAUUUUUGUUCUUGAAACUGAAUUCGUAUCAAAACUCAUUCUGAAAAGAAAAGAUGAAUACCGUUCAAAGAAGUCGUUUGAUUCAGUUGAUAAAACAACAUUUCCCAUACACAGACCCCUGCGAUGUAGAUCAUGUCCUUCAAUGGGAGAUUAUCGCAGAGACUUUAAAUGCUUUGGGACCUCCACAAACGAUUGAUGAAUGGAUAGAGAACUGGGAAUCUAUGAAAAAUUGCGCUCAUGAAAAACUUAAAGCAAUUAAUAAAUCAAAAGAGAAUGAUAGCAGUGAAAUUCCUAAGGAUCUCAAACUUACCGAGGAAGAUCAUCGUAUAUUAAAAAUAACUGGCUUCCAAAAUGAUUCAAAUAAAAUGGCUAAAUUAGUGAAAAUGCUUGAUUGCGGUGCAGUAUCACCUUUUGAAAAUGAAUUCUCAGAUUCAGAUGAUGGUUCAGAUAUUGAAGAUAUUAAAAACAAGCAACUUGAAGAAGUUGGUGAACUGAAGAAUGGUUUAAAUGAUGUCAAGGAAAUAAUAGCAGAAAGAAAUAUUGCUCUAGAACAGCUUGAAGAACAAAAGAAAAUUAAUGUUCAAUUAGCUGAGCUGUUGGCGAUAUUUAAAUUGCCGCCAGCACAAAAUACAGAGGCAAACUAGAUAGACGCAAUGUAUUUUGUGACGAAAAGUACAUAAUACAAUUUCAAGCAAUAAUAUUUAUUAAAAGAAAACAACAAAUUCUUCUAAAAAAGUGUUCAUCUAUUUAACUGCUGUCCAAUAAGUGUUUUUAAUACUCAUAGUACCUUAUCUUGGGAAUAUUCUGUUUGUUUGUAGUUGGAAAUAUACGUUAUAUAUAAAAAUCGACCAAAUUAUAAUCUCGAAAAUAUGUAAAAUAUA